GAAAAGAAGGUGGUUGAUUGUGGCUGGUCUCUCUCUAGGCUGGUGUGCAGUAGCGGGCUUUAGUCGAGGCACCUCCGGCGUAAUGCCUCGCGUUUAUAUCGGCCGUUUGAGCUACCACGUCCGAGAAAAGGACAUCCAGCGCUUCUUCAGUGGAUAUGGCAAGCUUUUGGAAGUCGAUUUAAAAAACGGGUAUGGCUUUGUGGAGUUUGAGGAUACCCGAGACGCAGAUGAUGCGGUUUAUGAACUCAAUGGAAAAGAGCUAUGCGGCGAGAGGGUGAUGGUAGAGCAUGCAAGAGGACCUCGGCGGGAUCGCGAUGGAUAUGGUGGAGGAGGAGGAGGAGGAGGAGGAGGAGGUUAUUAUGGUGGAGGCCGCAGUGGCUACAGCAGCAGAAGUCGCUCAGGCAGGGACAAGUAUGGCCCUCCGGUUCGUACCGAAUACCGACUGAUUGUGGAGAAUCUGUCCAGCCGCUGCAGCUGGCAGGACCUGAAGGACUUCAUGAGGCAGGCCGGGGAGGUGACCUAUGCUGAUGCUCAUAAGGAGCGUACCAACGAGGGGGUGAUUGAGUUCCGCUCACACUCUGACAUGCGGAGGGCUCUGGAGAAACUCGAUGGUACAGAUAUCAAUGGCAGGAAGAUCCGUUUGAUUGAGGACAAACCACGUCGUCGCCGCUCGUACUCUGGAAGUCGCUCUAGGUCCCGAAGCCGCCGCCGCUCUCGCAGCAGGAGCCGCCGAAGCAGCCGUUCUCGAAGCAACUCGAGAUCUCGCUCAAGGUCUCGUUCCCGCCGUCAUCGCUCCAGGUCCCGCCAUAAGUCCCGUUCCCGCUCUGGCCGCAAGUCCCGCUCCAAGUCUCCUUCCAGCAAGUCCCGCUCACGCAAGUCCCACUCUCGCUCCCGCACCCACAAGUCUCGCAGCAGGUCAGCCAGCCGCAAGUCACGCUCCCGUUCUGACACCCGCAAGUCGCGCUCCAAGAGCACUUCCAAAGUGAAGUCCGAACGUGGCUCCCGUGGCCAAUCCAAGGAGAAGUCAACCGGUAAGAAAUCACGCAGCCGCUCCGCCUCUCCUGCGGAGAAUGGAAACGAAGAGCGUGGCAAGUCUGCCUCUCGCUCACCUUCUCCUCAGGCUGAGAAAAGUGGUUCAAAGUCUCCGGAACGGGCUUCCCGCUCCCGCUCCAAAUCUCCAUCUCGCUCCAAAUCCAGAUCCCGAUCCAGAUCCGCCUCCCAGGACUAGGUCAUUUCUUUCCUCUCGCCAUGAGUCGGUCUUGUAUAACAUUUGAUCGGUUUUAAUUUGUCUGUCCUUCUCUGAAGGCAGUUAACAUUAAACAGAAUAGCUUAGAUGUUUUAUACGUUGCAUGAGCAGAAUUAUACAAAUUCUGAGCUUAGUUCUGUGUUGUGCAAAUAAGCAGUCAUAUAAGUAAACCUUUUCGUAACCUGACUUGGCUUGCCCCUUGUGGCCAAUGAUGCCCACCUGACACAAGUGAAAACUUUAAGUAUGGUAAUAUAAUGAGCGGAUUUGUCUUGUGGCUUUGUCAUUCACAUCAGUUAAACCUGUUGUACUGAUUUU